UAUGAAAGCUGAAGAAUAAACAGAAGACUUAAUUCUCUGUCCUUAAGGUUGUGGAAGAAAGUUCAAUAAAGAUAGUUUACUUAAACAUUAUAAAGUUUGCAAAGAUGUCUUCUAACAAAAGCGUAGUGCAUUUAAUUCUUAAUUAAAAAGAGUUGGAUUUGAUUAUUUUAUUGAAAAUAAGUAAAAGUUACCCCAAUUCUCUCCACCUAAAACUACUAAAUUAAAAACAGAAAUACUCCCUUAUAGAAGUCCUUAAGUUUCCUCAAAAUAUAAUUAAAUUUUAAAUGCAAAGAAAUUCUGUAAAGGAUGUUUGAGAGAAUUUGAUUUUAGGAUAGCUGAUGAUCAUAUUUAAAAAUGCGUAUAGAAAAACAAAUAGAACAAUCCAUUCACAAAAAUUAUUUGA